AUGGCCGAGGCGUUGCAACAGGUGCUGGCGCAGGCCACAUCGGAAGCAUGUGUCUUCGUUUUCAGCGGCGAGGGCGCCCAUGGUGCAGACACGGACAUCUCCAUGCUGAAGCUCAGCCCAUCGUGGCCUGCCGUACAGCAGGCUCUGCGUGAUGUCGGGCAGGACGAUCCCGAGGCUUUCUUACAGGAGAACCUCGGCGAACAUACCGCUCCGAACUCGCCACUGGUCACGGUUUCGCUGAACAUUCUGCAUGCGGAUCUUUGGCGGCACUGGGGCCAAGAGCCAUCCCUGGUACUUGGUCAUUCUGUGGGCGAAAUUGCUGCUGCCUACACGGCUGGAAUCCUGACUGUUUCGGAGACCAUCAGCAUUGCACACGGUCUUGGUGUCGCCAUGCAGAGCUGCACUGGUGAGAUGGUCCAUACUGAGCUGCGCCGAGGAUCCCUCAAGGAGUUUCCCAAGUUGGGCCUCCAUCUUGCUGCCGUAAACUAUGUCGUCGCAAAGGGUGACACCGAGGAACGCGACCUUCUCAGUGUCACGUUGUGCGGCACCUCCGCAAAGGACUAUUUGUCUUCGGAUCCUUCGUCCAUACAGCUGCGGCCCUGCCAUCCUUGGCAUCAUCCGGAGGCACCGGUGCCUGCGACACUUCCAACUGGCGCUGCUGCCCGGAUCCCCUUCAUCUCCUCGGUUUCCGCAACGCAGCUAACCGAGCUGCCGAAGGACCACUGGCAACGGUGGCAACGGAGCCCCGUGAGGUUUGCAGACGCUCUCUGCCUUGCGCGCGACCUUACGAAAUCCAAAGGAUCCGGGGGGGUUCGAGUGCUGGAGAUGGGUGCACAUCCAGUCCUUGCGGCCGCCAUCAAGGCCACGUUCUCAGAGCUCCGCUAUGCUUGCUCCAUGCGUCGUGGAGAGCGGGCGGCUUCGUUCCUUCGGCAGCAGCGUGCUGGUCUGGGGGGCUUCCGCAGGCAGCUCCAGCAGGUGCUCCAGGGUUUCAUCUUUGGAGGUCGGCAGCUGUGCCACACCACAAGCUUCGCAGCCCAGGGCAUUGCCUCGCAGCAGCUGGUGAUGCUUGCAGAGGCCUUGCGGCCCUUCUUCCCGGGCCUCGCAGCUCACGACCUCUACCGCUUCAGCAACAUAGAUGGUCUCUUGGACUGGGGUGCGGAUGAGAUGUCGGAGAGCUUCAGUCCACCAAAGACAGUGAAGGUGCAGGAGCUUCACUUUGAGAUCUUGGCAUGUGCGCUUCGCUUCCCCGGGGCUGUGGACACACCUGGCGCUUUCUGGAGCAUGCUGCUGAAGGAUGAUCAGGAUGCCGCCUUUGCCGCAGCCCCCAAGGAGGGACCCAAGGCAGCCUUCCUUCAGUACAAGUUUGAUCAUCGCACCGCCCUGACGGCGGCAGGGGCUGCUGGAGUCGAAGGUGCCGAGGCUGCUGCCAUGGAUCCGCAGCACUCCUUCGCGUUGCAUUUGGCGGCGGAGAUGUGGCAUGACUCCGCCGAGGCUGCGGAAGCUGCCAAGGCUGAGCCGGAGCGCGUGGGAGUCUACCUCGGUGCCUGGCAGCCCGUCGUGUCUGACACCCGGGCGUCUGCCUAUGCGGCGAUCGGCUCGUCCCUCAGUGCCCUGGCCGCCCGUGUGGCCAAUGCUUACAAUCUGCAGGGUCCGGCAGUGACUGUCAACACCGCUUGCUCCUCGACUCUGGUGGCGGUCCACCAAGCCAUGCAGGAAGCUCGUACAGGGCAGCUGGCUUUUGCAGUUGCGGGUGGCGUCAACUUGUUCGGGGAAGACAUGCAGCUUUUCAAGAACCUCCGACGAGCUGGGAUGCUGAGUGCUUCUGGCCGGUGUCACACGUUCUCUGCGUUGGCCGAUGGCUACGUCCGCGGGGAGGGCGGCGCGCUCUUCCUGCUGGGCUCCGCGGGCUCUGGCCAUGGUCCCACGGCCUCUCGUGCUCAGCUCUUGGGCUCUGCAGUGAACCAGAACUCGACGCAGAAGCCUUUGUCCUCCGUGGACCCGCUGGCGCAAGAGCGCGUCAUCCGCAUGGCAUGCGCAAGUGCCUCUAUCACCACUGCUGGCCUCACGGCCGUGGAGCUGCAUGGCACGGGCACGCCUCUAGGCGACCCCGUGGAGGUCUCUGCACUCGCUCGGCUGGGCUGUGCUGCUACGAUGACGGCCUCAAAGAUGCACCUGGGCCAUUUGGAGUCGGCCGCGGGCGCUGUUGGCCUCCUCAAAGCUGUACUGCUCUGCGAGAACUGCUGCGUUCCCAGCUUCAAAAUCCACGGAGGCCUGAACCCCCAAGUCCGCGCCGCGAUGGAGGGAUCCUGCCUCAAGAAUCCAGGAGAUGAGGUCGAGCUUCCAGCUGGUGCCUUCCUGGGCGUGUCUAGCUUCGGCUUUGCCGGCAGCAACGCCCAUGUCGUUUUGGCCCCAACUCCAACAGCCAGGGCAUGUCCCAAGUACGAGGCGGACGCCUGGGAGCCUCCAGUUCCUCUUCGGCAGUAUGAGCAGUCCAUCGUGGAGACAUUGUCCACCACCUCUCCUCGAUCAUUGCCUUCACAGGACCAAGCCCCCUUCUCGAGUGUCGUUAGCAAUGGCAACCGGCUUUUCUCUGUGGCUGAGAACGAGGAGGCGCCCUACGCGGAAGACGUGGAUGUGAGCUCGCUGAGCUUCGUGGGCAGUGCUGUGCUGUCGAUUGUGGGCGGCGACGCAGAAGUGGACGUUGAUGCCGAUUUGCAUGACCUUGGCAUCGACUCCUUGGGACUGGCGGAGCUUCUGGGCCUCCUUGAGGACCGCUUUGGCCAAUCCUGCAUCAGCAUUGACAAGAUCAUAGAAGAACCCACGUGCAGGGCGAUCGUCAAGAGCUUGGAGGACGGCAGCUCCAAGGCGAAGGUGGAGAUCUUGGCGGCGCCACUUCCGCGAAAGCGUGAGGAGCCAGUGGUAAUUGCCACCGCUUCUACGCCUUCUGUCGCUGCACCUCCUCCUGCUAGCAGCUCUGCGGCAAUUUCAGUGCCUAUCCAAGAUGCAAAGCAGUUGGUGGCUUCACAAGAUGCGAGCAACUGCUGGAUCCGAACGACCCACGUGGGCUCACUACCUAGGCCCAAUGAUGGAAAUUUGGAUGUGGAGCAGGUCAUUUCCCAGCAGAAAGCUGUCUCUGUGGACAUCAUCAACGACGGCGAGUGGGUGCGUGACAACUACAUUGCCGAUGUCAUCGCCCGCAUCAAGGGGUUGAGUGGCGAUGCCCAAGGGACAAGGGAAGUCAACACCAGCUGCUGCUCCAAGCAUGCGAUGCCCAUUGCAUCUGACAUGAAGGACGUGCCCCUCUAUGCCCAGCGAUUCACAGGUGGAAACGGCCUCAUCACCCUGAACCCCAAGCGUGAGGCCACCAGCAGCCUAGCCUGCAUCGGGCAUCCAAGCUACCAGCCGGGUGAGAUCCCAUUCCUGAAGCCUUUCCUGCAGGCUGCUUCCAGGAGCGGCAAGCCGCUCCAUGAGUGCUUCUUCUCCGUGCCCUCGCCUGGGACUUUGGCUCUCUUCUGCAAAGACUGCUUCUUCCAGCGCCACGAUGCCUACGUGGGAGCGCUGGCUGAGGCCCUGGCCAAGGAGUAUGCCGAGAUCGCGCGGCACGGCCUCCUGCUCCAGGUGGAUUGCCCUGACCUGGCAAUGGGUCGCCACACCAGGUGGUCCGAGCUGACUGAUGCGGAGUUUUUGCAAGUUGCGCACUUGAACGUUGAGGCCCUGAACCGAGCAUUGGAGGACGUACCCACUGAGCAGAUUCGCAUCCAUGUCUGUUGGGGCAACUACGCCGGGCCUCACCACAAGGACAUGCCGGCCGAGCUGCUGUGGCCUCUCAUUGGCGCGAUAAAGGCCAAGUACAUUCUGGUGGAAGGCGCCAACCCGCGGCAUCGGAGUGAUGUUGCCGCAUUCGAGGAUGCAGUUCAGAAAGGUUACUUCAAGCCGAACCAGGUCAUCGCCCCUGGGGUGGUGGACACUACCACUGCUCGAGUGGAGGAUCCGAAGCUUAUCGCCGAGACUUUGCUCCGCUACGUGCGUGCAGUGGGCCACCCCAGCCGCGUGCUGGCCAGCACUGAUUGCGGCUUUGCCUCCACUGCCAAAUCCACGGCUGUUUCUGCGGACAUCGCGUGGAUGAAGCUCCAGAGCCUGGCAGACGGUGCAGCCUUGGCCACCCGCUGCUUCAUCGACCAGCGUGCUCCGGUGCCCUGCCGCUCGCCGAACUUGACGCCGACGCCCUUCCGCCCUGUGAUCUUCGCUGAGGGCUUCAGCAGCUAUGCCAGGGAGCUGCAGGUGGCCUUCUCCGGGUUCACCGUGCACCCGGCCAACAUCUUCGUUGAGGACGCCUUCGACAGACUCCGCUGGGUGGUCGAUGUGCCGAUGGCCUUUGUGGCACUUGGGUCGCAAGGCUUAGAGGUGGCGCAGGCCACCCUGGACCGCCUCAGGGCUGACGAUGCGGUGUCCCGGCGCCCUUCUACGCUGGUGGUAGCUGGUGAGGGAGAGGUGCCUUUGGCACUGGCGGCGAGGGUUGGCCAACAGGCCUUGCAGCAGUCGGGCUUCGACAAGCGGUCUUUGGUUCUGCCCCGCGUUGCAGCGCCGCCGGCCUCUGCGGAUGUUGUGAUCGUGGGCGCCGGGCUUUUGGGGAUGCUCGCGGCACACCGCUGCCGCGCCGCCGGCUUUAACGUGGCAGUUCUGGAACAGCGUACCCUUGUGGGCGGCAUCUGGUCCAUGUAUGCCAACUCGACCUCUCAGGUGAACAGCUCUGAGGGUGGCUACUGCAUCAAAGAACUUCUGGGAGAGGAGGAUGGUAAGGCUCCCUGGGACAACCGUGAUCACAGCACCGCAGCGGAGGUCCUGAAGGACUUCGCCAAGCUCGGGGAUCGCCUGAAAGAGCACAUCUUCACUUCUGUGCGAGUCGUCAAGGUCUUGGGUGAGAACGGAAGGUACACGGUGCUCUUUGAGGACGGAUUCUCCCAAAGCGCCGGAGUUCUUCAAUGCCGCGGAGUGGUUUUGUGCCUCAACGACCGUGUGGGCUUGCCACGUCCCUUGUCUGUGCCCCGGGGAGACUUUCUGGGCGUCGUGGCUGAUGGGACAUCUGAUUCCCUGGCAGGCAUGGACUGGCGCGGCAAGCGUGUGGUUAUUGCUGGGAUGGGGGCCUUUGCUGUGGAGAAUGUGCGCACGGCUCUGGAGCAGGGCGCGCUGGAGGUCGUUGUCGUGGGGCGGCGGCAUGGCACNNCUGAACUUCGUGAAGCCCUGGGAUGA